AGCACCUGUUCACUGACAGAACAUAAGUAACUAUAUUAUCGCUGCUGGGGAUAUCAUCGCAGUCCUGCUAGACUUGGAUUUGGAAUUGCGUGUCAGCCUUUCGCCCUAGCAAGACUCAACCCCUAGCACUGCAAUCCACCAUGGCAGCUCCUACAUCAGAAACAGCACCCGUCGCAAUAGUGAAAACAGACAAGUGCUUCGUCAGGCCCUACACACUCGACGAUGCUCUCCCCUUAGCGACCGCAGCGAACCAUCAAGUGAUCACAAACUACAUGCGCAACAGCUUUCCCAACCCUUAUACGCUACAAGACUCCAACUUCUGGAUCAACUCCUGCCUGACCAGCAACCCCAUGGUCAACUUCUGCAUCUGCGCCCCUGACGGCACGCCGGCCGGGGGCAUUGGCUUGACCCAAGGUCGGGAUGUCGAGUAUCGCACCUGGGAGGUUGGCUAUUGGGUUGCGCAGGAGCACUGGGGGAAGGGCAUCGCGACGAGUGCCUUGCGUGCCUUCUCUGUGUGGGCGAUUCAGCAGUUCCCCGAAAUACUUCGGUUGGAAGCUGGCGUGCACAGUGGAAAUGAAGGUAGCUUGAAGGUAUUAGAGCGAGCGGGCUACACCAAGGAAGGGGUGCGAAGAAAGGCUGUUUGUAAAGGCGGGGAGAUUAGGGAUAUGAUCACGUUUAGCUUGCUCAGAGAGGAGGUGGAGGGUAUGAUAUAGGAGGGUCUUGAAUAAGUCAGAAAUGCUUUAUGUUUUAGUUUCUCUUUGCCCUUUUUCUUUUUCUACCAGCAUCGUCAUACGAGUCUUUAAUCAACGAACUAUUCUAUACCAAGGAAACCCGCUGUUCUCGUUUUGCUCUUAUUAGGUGCCAAUAUUCUUGACUGCACCAGGUAACCCCCCUAACCCAACAAGCCAAUCAAGGCAAGACAUCCUCCCCUGGCAGCACCGUCCCAUUCCGUACCGCAGCCCGGUGUCCCCUCGCCACCAUACCGUAAAUGGGCAGAUACUCAUCCAAGACCGGGAACAGCUCCUUG